AUGCGAGGGGCUCAGCUACCAGCACAUCUCGCUUUGUGCAGCAGCCCCUGUCGACACUGGAUUGUCUCCGCUGGAAAUGGCAGCGACAGUUUUGAGUUCUUCUGCCGUUCCAGAGGGCAAAUGACUGAAGGUCACGGUUCUUUUCCCUCUAGGACCCCUGUUUCUUCCCACGCCGUGGCGAGGUUCCGUCUCGACCAUCUUCUCCCUGGCGACUGGAGCAGGUUGUUGCAACACUGCCGCCGCCUUACAUCCCCAGGUGGCAGCUACAACUACUCAUCCCCCGGUGACAUGGCCGCUGUCAUGAGGGGAACAAAUGCUGCUGCAUCCGAGAAGGCUUCACAGGCGGUGGUGAAUUCGGCGUUUAUGCACAUUGUUGAAAGGACGGUCGGUGACUUUUUCCCAAAUAACAUGAUUUACCACGAGCUACAGCGACGGUACGUGGUUCCGCCGAGUGGAGCGAUAGCGACCAAUGAGGAUGCGGUGGAUUUUUUUUCCUGGUUGCUGCAUCUGCAAGAAGAAGAGGAGAAAGAGGGAGGGACGACUGUGAGCUGCAUUGGGUGUGAAGCAGAUGACGUCGGAAAGGAUCCCUUGAUACAAAAUGCUCUCGCCAUGGAAAAAACGAUACAAAAUGAGCGGGUAUUUCUUGCUGGGUUUCCACAUAUUGUAGGUGAUGACGGCAAGCAUGAGGAUACUUACGAACCCAUCUUUAACUUCUUUCCUCACCGUGUCGUCAUCUCGGACUGCAUCCCGUACCGCUCGCGCUACUUUGUUGUUAUGGUGAACCACAAGCCUAUUGUGCCCGGACAUCUGAUGGUGGUGCCCAUCCGCUGUGUCGGGACAAUCCACGGGCUGACGCUAGAUGAGGUGGAGGAUUGGGGCCGCGUCAUGCACCUAACAAUACGUGUGCUGAAACAGGUAGCAGCUGCAAGACAAAAGAAUAGUGGGAAUACACAUAGCGACUCUUCUCACUGCAAUGAUGACAUGGAGGGUGGCUUCAGUAUUGCCAUCCAGCAGGGAACACUCGCUGGACAGACGGUGCCCCAUCUCCAUACACACGUCAUACCAUUUGAUCCAUGUGGAAAACUUGCCGGGGAGCCAGAGGAUGAGGAGGUGCAGCAGCGACAGCCCUGCCGUACAGGGAAGCAGAUGAGUGAAGAAUCAGAGAUGCUCAGGUCCCAUUUUGAGUUUCUGAUGGAGCGAGGCACGGGCUCAGUAACACACGCCGUGUAA